UAGAAAGCAGUGGGCUUAGGUGGGGGGAGCAGCAGUGAGUGUGAAGACCUGUCCUGCUGUCACAGCACUCCUCCUCCGCUGUUCUCCAGUCCCAUCAUGUGGGAGGCUCGCUCGUCCUCCUUUUGGAGGGCUAUGUUUGCUGAGUUCUUUGGUACCAUGUUCUAUGUGUUCUUUGGCCUGGGGGCUUCACUUCGCUGGGUCGUCGGCCCCCUUAAUGUUCUACAUGUGGCACUGGCCUUUGGUUUGGCGGCCGCCACCAUGGUGCAGUCUCUAGGCCACGUGAGCGGUGCCCACAUCAAUCCAGCAGUCACCAUGGCCUUCUUGUUCGGUUCUCAGCUCUCCCUCUUCCGUGCUGUCUUCUACAUGGUGGCCCAGGUGCUGGGAGGAAUGGCUGGGGCAGCUGUGCUUUAUGGAGUCACACCACCAGCGCUGCGGGGUAACCUGGCACUCAACACGAUACACCCCAGUGUAAAUGUCGGCCAAGCUACCGUUGUGGAGAUCUUCCUGACCCUGCAGUUUGUUCUCUGCGUCUUUGCCACCUAUGAUGAGAGACGCAAUGGGCGCAUGGGAUCUGUGGCAAUGGCUGUGGGAUUCUCCCUCACUCUUGGACACCUCUUUGGGAUAUAUUACACAGGAGCUGGCAUGAAUCCUGCCCGAUCUUUCGCCCCUGCUGUUAUCACCCGCAAUUUCACCAACCACUGGGUGUAUUGGGUCGGACCCAUAAUCGGUGGUGUGAUGGGUGGCUUCUUGUACGACUUCAUCCUCUUUCCCCGGAUGCGUGGCAUCUCAGAGCGCCUGUCUAUCCUCAAAGGGGAAAAGGAUGUGCAAGUACAGAUCGGUCUGUCUACUAAGCAGACAGUUCCAAAAGGAACUGUACUGUAUGAGACCCGCACAGAUGGGAAAGAACUAUCGAAGUGAGAGCUGAUGAAUUCAAAAGAGAGGGGGAGCUGGAAUCAAGUAUUUGUGAGCAGUUGGGGAUGCAGAUGUUUCCACCUGAAGUGAUGUUCAAAGCACGCUUAUGUUUUCUGCAGUGUUGACAUAUCUGGGGUGGAUCCUUAUUUCAGAUAUAUUGGUGUGAAUUGAUUUUUGGAGUCUCUCUACUAAAACUGCUAUAGUAAACAAAAAAAAAAAAAACAAAAAAAAACCUGGUGUGAACACAUCCGUCACCAAUUCAGAAAAGUUAUGUACCAGCAUCAACAGAAUGACAUAACUGCAAUAGCUUCACUCCUUUAGGGUCAAUGGAGUUACCACUAGUUUGAAUCUGGAGUCCACAGCAGUAAAAGAGAGCUGCGAGUGGAGCAAAUGGAACUGAAUCUUGCAUGAAUCUGGCACCACUGGAACCUGCAGUGUAACAAUCCACAUUAAGAGGCACUCCUCAGAAACAAUAUACUUAACAGUUGGUAUGAAUCCAGAGUCACUUCACUAAGUCAAUGGAAUGACACCAAAUCAGCCUCAGACUAUUAGCUUUGCUGGAUUUCCAUUGAACUCAAAUCGGAUCCAUCCAGGUGCUUUGCUGUGCAUGAGACACCAAUCAUUUAUCCUUUGUUGUAUCUUGCUUUUAUUUUUUCCUGCUGGAUGACAGUGGGAUGAGUCACCUUUCUUAAUAGAUGGUUUAACUUUCUCUUUCCCUUUCACUCUUCUGCUGGAAUUAAUUUAAUUAAAUGCUGUAUUUUA